CCAAAAUUUAUUACAAUUAGUAUAAUAUAUUCAUUUUUGUCACUAUAUAAAUUUGAAAAUAUUUAAAAAAUUCGAAAAAGGUGAAAAAAGAAUGGCAGCAAUUGGGAAAUGCACCACUGUCUCUCUUUCAUUAAUCAUAGAUCAUACAAUUACAAACACCUUUUUCUAUUAUCACUAUUUUCUUUUACUAUGUCCUUGUUGUUUUUUUUCAUUCUUCUUCUAUCCUUUCAUCUUUUUUUCCCUCCAUAAUCUUUCUACUAAUUAUUUUUUGUUUUUGCUAUUCCCCAAAUAUAACCAACCACACAUCUCAAUCACACCCCCUUCUCUCCAAGUAAGACCUAAUUUAGGGUUUUCGGGAGCAAGGGUUUUUGUUUCGUAGGGUUCAAUUUGUUAGGGUUUGAGCGAAUGUGAGCUUUGCUUCAGUUAUGGAGGAGGAGAACAAGCUACUGGAAGAGGAGAACAAGGUGAAGCGUAAAAUGAAGUCUGCUUCACAGUUGGAGAUUCUAGAAAAAGCAUAUGCUGCGGAGGCGUACCCGUCUGAGGCGUUCAGGGCUGAGUUAUCUGUGAAGUUGGGUUUGUCUGAUCGUCAGUUACAGAUGUGGUUCUGUCACAGGAGACAGAAGGAUAGGAAGGCUUCGCCGAUUGUUAAUAAGGCUGUGGCGCCAAUUGGUCAUGUGGAUGCACAGUAUGGGGUGAUGGGCUUUACUACGAUGGGAGCUGGAUUGCCUGCAAUGGAAGGCAGUAGUUACCGUGAAGCUCAUCAGACAUUACAGGAGCUGCGAGCUGUUGCAUUGGUGGAAAGACAGUUGGGGGAGACAUUAAGAGAGGAUGGACCUAUUCUUGGGAUGGAGUUUGAUUCCCUGCCACCCGGUGCAUUUGGUGCACCAUUAGGAGCAGUGGCAAUGGGACAAAACAGCCAAUCUGAAUGGCCUGUUGAGGCAAAGGUUUAUGAACAUCUGGAUAAGGGCAUUUCAAGGACUCUCCAUGAAUAUCAAUUUAUUCCAGAGCAGCCAACUGUUAAAAAUGAGAUAUACGAGAGAGAUACUACAUCCGUUCACUUUAGUUCUCUUGAUGGUGUUCCACAUUCUAGUGCGCUGUCUUUCCUUAACGGGAAUGAAUCUGCACCUAAGGUAUAUGGAGUCCAAGGUCAGAAGAUACCUGGUCUAAAUCUUUUGUCCGAGUCUCAGCAUCAGCAAGGUAGGCAGAAUCAUCUCAUGCUUUCUGCUUCAGGAGGGAAUGACAAUGUUCCACUAAAGAACCCAUUUGUUGAUGUAACUCUUAAUACUCAAAGGGGGGCUCACCAAGUAACUCUGAUUAACACCCCUCUAGUGCUAUCUGAUAGGAGGGUUAUCCACGAGGAGGAACUUUCAAGGUUUCAAAGGAAGCGAAAGAAUGAAGAGGCUAGAUUGCAACGGGAACUUGAAGUACAAGAAAAAAGAAUUAGAAAAGAACUUGUAAAACAGGAUAUUCUAAGGCAGAAGAGAGAGGAGCAAAUAAAGAAAGAGAUGGAGAGGCAAGAACGUGAAAUGCAGAAGGAAAAGGAAAGGUGCCUUAGAGAACAGAAGCGCGAGCAAGAGCGACAGGAAAAGUUUUUGCAGAAGGAAUCAAUCAGAGCUGAGAAACUGAGACAGAAGGAAGAACUACAGAGGGUGAAGGAGGCGGCAAGGAUUAAAGCUGCAGGUGAGAGAGCUAUUGCCCGCAGAAUGGUCAAAGAUGCAAUAGACCUUAUUGAAGACGAACGUCUGGAACUCAUGGAAUUAGCUGCAUCAAAGAAGGGGCUAUCUUCAAUACUGGAUCUUGACUACGAAACUAUGCAAAAUCUGGAAUUAUAUGGUGAUGGGCCUACUUCCUUCCCACCCAAGUCUGUACAGUUGAAAAGAGCUUUUUCAAUUCAACCUUGGGCAGAUUCUGACGAGAAUGUAGGAGAUCUUCUAAUGGUUUGGAAGUUCUUGAUUACCUUUGCUGAUGUUCUUGGAAUAUGGCCAUUUACAUUGGAUGAGCUUAUACAAGCUUUUCAUGAUUAUGACCCUAGGAUGUUAGGUGAGAUCCAUAUUGUUCUUCUGAGAUCCAUUAUAAAAGAUGUUGAAGAUGUUGCAAGAACACCCACUACUGGAUUAGGAGCUAACCAAAAUAGUGUUCCGGGCUCUGGUGGGGGGCAUCCACAGGUAGUUGAAGGGGCAUAUGCAUGGGGUUUUGAUAUAAAAAAUUGGCAGCGGCAUUUAAAUCCAUUAACAUGGCCAGAGAUUUUGCGACAAUUUGCCUUGUCAGCUGGAUUUGGGCCUCAAUUGAAGAAACAGAAUAUUGAGCCAGUGCAUCCUAGCAACCAUGAGGGUAAUGAUGGUAAAGAUAUAAUUUCUAAUCUACGAAAUGGAGCUGCUGUUGAAAAUGCUGUUGCUAUUAUGCAAGAGAAAGGUUUAACUAAUCCAAGAAGAAAUAGGCAUCGAUUGACGCCUGGAACUGUUAAAUAUGCUGCAUUUCAUGUCCUUUCUUUGGAAGGAAGCAGAGGCCUCAAUAUAUUGGAAGUUGCAGACAAGAUUCAGAAAUCUGGACUCCGUGAUCUUACAACUAGCAAAAACCCAGAGGCUUCUAUAUCUUCUGCUUUGUCUAGGGAUACAGAACUAUUUGAAAAGACUGCUCCUUCAACAUACUGUGUACGUCCUGCAUACAGAAAGGACCCAGCUGAUUCUGAAGCAAUUUAUUCAUCUGCCAGGGAAAGAAUCAGGAUAUUCAAAAGCGGACUCGUGGGUGCAGAAGAAGCUGAUGAUGGUGAAAGGGAUGAAGAUUGUGAAACUGAUGUGGCAAAAGAUCCUGAGACUGAUAAAUUAAGAGUUCAAACAAAUAUGAAAAAGGAGGUCUCAAGUCAUGAGGAAUUUAAUGCAAACACUAUUGUGAGAAGUGGGAAGGACAAUGCUGAGGUUUUGCAAACUCCUGAUAGUUGCCAUGAGAAAGUUCAUGAGGGGUUAGGAUCAACUGCUGAUGGAGGCUUUAAUGAACAGAAAGAUGUUCGUAGAUCUAGUGAAAUUAAUGGGGUUGCCGAUCCUAUUCUAAAAGGCAUAGAUGUUGAUGAAAACACUCUUGGUGAACCAUGGGUACAAGGGCUUAUGGAGGGAGAGUAUUCAGAUCUUAGUGUAGAGGAGCGUCUUCACGCUCUUGUUGCUUUGAUUACUGUGGCAAUUGAAGGGAAUUCUAUCCGUGUUGUACUUGAGGAACGUCUAGAAGCCGCAAAUGCUUUAAAGAAGCAGAUGUGGGCUGAGGCACAACUUGAUAAACGACGUAUUAAAGAGGAUUAUCUUGUUAAAAUGCAAUCUUUCUCCAAUUUGGGAAACAAGAGUGAACCAGCUGUUACAUUUCCAUCAGUAGGGGAUAAAGAGUGCCCAGUGCAUACUGUUGAAGUUGAAAAUGAGAAGGCUUUACUCACUCCCUGCGACCAGCAUGAACAGAUAAAUUCAAUGCAGGAAAAUCAAAAUCUUAUGCCGAAUUCGUUAGAAGCGAACUUGCAGAAGCAAGAUUGUUCCACUGGCCAAGAUAAUUAUUCUCUCCAACAAUCUAUUUACGCUGCUGAAAAAUCAAGGUCGAGUUUUAAAUCAUAUAUUGGUCAAUUGGGGGAACAAAUUUUCAUGCAUAGAUCAUUGCCUCUUGGUUUGGAUCGAAGACGAAACCGAUACUGGCAGUUCAUUACUUCUGCUUCUCUAAGCGAUCCAGGUUGUGGCAGGAUUUUUAUGGAAUUGCAUGAUGGCUGUUGGAAGCUGAUUGAUUCUGAAGAGGGUUUUGAUGCUCUAUUGGCAUCAUUGGAUGUACGUGGAAUCAGGGAGUCCCACUUGCAUGCGACGUUGCAAAGAAUUGAGAUGUCCUUCAAAGAAUCUGUUAGAAGAAAUGUUCAAAAUGACAUGAAAAUGCAAAAUGGAGACACUGUCGAAAAACUCAAGACAGAGGCAGUUAAAAUGGUCACAGACCAAGAUUGCAGUACUAAUAUUUACCGUCCCACUUCUGUCUGCAUGGAUGAUUUGAACACAUCAGUGGCCUCGACAUCUUUUACGGUUCAGCUUGGGAGAAAUGAAGUUGAAGACAAAGAUGCUUAUAUGAGAUAUUGGGACUUUGAGAAAUGGAUGCUAAAGGAAUGUCUAAAUAGCUCAGUAUCAUGUGCAAUGAAGUUUGGGAAGAAAAGGUGCAAAGAACUACUUCUCAUGUGUGACUUGUGUCAUCAUGUCUAUUUCUGUAGAGGAACACCAUGUCCUUCAUGCCAUAGAACUUUCAGUAUCAAUCAGGGAAAUUCUAGUUCUUUUGAACAUAUUGCUCGUUCUGAAGACAAGAUGAAGACCGACACUCAUUUUUUUCUUGAUUCAUCCUCUUUGCCAUUGAGAAUGAGGUUGCUCAAAGUCCUCUUGUCAGUUGUUGAGGCAACUCUUCCUCAAGAAGCUCUUCAAACUUAUUGGACAGAGAGGUACAGAAAGUCUUGGAAUUCAAAGCUGGAAGCUUCCUCAUCGACUGAAGAUAUUCUGCAGAUGUUGACUGCAUUGGAAUGUGCUAUAAAAAGGGAGUUUUUGGCUUCAGACUAUGAAACUACCAGUGAGCUGUUAGGUUCUGUUUGCUCUUCUGUAUGUCGUCCUAAUGAUAUCAUUCGUGGGGAAAGGAUACCUGUGCUUCCAUGGGUGCCAUAUACAACUGCUGCUGUGACUCUAAGGCUCAUGGAACUCGAUGCAUGCAUAUUUUACACUUCACAACAAAAGCUGGAGUCGGAGAAGGAUAAACAAAUUGGGGUUGUUAUGAAGCUUCCAUCAAAAUCUGUUGCUGCUAAAAUUUCCUACAACGCAUGUGCGAUUGAAUCUUCAUUUCAGACUAAGCAUACUGUAGAGAACUGGGGUGCUCUUGGUGCUGGUCUUGAGAGCUACAGCAGAGGACAAAGGACUCGACAAGGCCGCAGUGACUCUCAUGGUCAAAGAUCACAAGGAAGAGUUGCUAGUUCAAGACCCACUUCCAGAAAGAGAAGUACUACAUCUAACAGCAGGAGAAUAGGAAAAUUACAUGGAUGGAAAGGGACACUGAACGGACAAGGACGCGUUCGGGGUCGGAGGAGCAUUAGAAGUAGGCAGAAACCAGCAGCCAAGAUGAAUGUGAUUAAUGAUGAGAGAGAUACCCCAAAAGACAUCAUGGAGGAAACACUAAUCUUUGUCAGAGAGGAAAUUAAUGAAGGUGAAACAGAAGCCAAUGUUCUAAAUGCUAGCAAUUCGGAAAGAUCAGGCUACGAAGGUGAUCUUUAUCGAGCAACAGGAGACGAAGUGGAUAUGGAUGAUGAUGUCAAUGACGAUGACAUUGAAGAUGGGCAGGCAGAUCUUAUAACUGGAGGGAACUCAAACACAGGGUACAGCAGAGAAGAAAAUGAAGAAAAAACCGAGGAUCCAGAUGGUGUUGGUUCUACCUCAUUAGAUUACAGUGAUUAAAUGUAGCAUAUAAUGUAUGUAGUAUAAACAGGCCUUAAGUUAAAAUUUGUAAUUUUAUUUAGUAAUCAUGUAGCCAUGUAGGAAUAGGCCAAAUAUCAAGUGCUUGGGAUAGAAUGUGUAUGCUGCAAUGCAAAAUUAUAAAAGAAAAUUCGCUUCCUCUGCUGUUGAUAAAUAUAAGUAUAUAACGACAGCAGGAGAAAAAUUACCUGUCGAA